UGGGCAUCACAAAUUAUGCACUACACAGAGGGGCAUGCGCUUCUGUGUUUAUCUUCUGCAGAAGUGCAGGCUAAUUUUGUAUGGAGACAAAUAAACAAUAAAAAUGUCUAAAAUAGAGUUGUUGAGAGAGUUUCUCAACCAGAAAUUAACAGCGGCUGCUGAGGAGAUAUUUGGGGUCGUUGAAAAAACGAUAGCAGAGUACCAGGUAGACUUUUUUCGUACGAAAGAGGAGAACGAACGUCUUCGUGGGCUGUUGAUGUUGCAUAGAGGAGUGUCAGACUUCCAUCGGCAGGCUGAAGCUACUAUCACUUUGGUGCAGGUUGCCCCAGAGCAGCAGCAGUCAUGUACUCAAGAGUGGGGCCUCCAUCUAAGACAGGAGGACCCAGAGCCCACAGUGUCACCAUGUAAAGAGGAAGACGAUACCCACUGGAUCAGUGAGGUUGAAGAGCACAUUCAAAGGCUGUCAACUUAGAGGCCAUUGAAGACUUGCCUUCUCCUAGGGCUAUGGUGAAAGUUUUGCGAAUACGAUGUGAUACAGACCUCGGUUUAACCGGACUCUCAGCCACCGAGUUACAGGCCGCCCCACCAGAGUGGCUAGGCAGGUGGCCUGAGGCAUUUGUCAUACCCACUUUCUCGAUGGAAGUUGAGUUUGCUCUGAGGGCAAUUGUGCAUAUCUGAGACAUGAAACGGUGCUGAAAAUAACAAGGGAUCAAAAACACAACAUUCUUGAUAGGAUGGCUUGGACAAUCUUCAAUUUCAAAGCGUACCCAAGUGACAGGCAGUUUGCCAAGGCAGCUGAGGCCCUUGUAACCAAGCACCCGUGUUUGAAAGAGCCUGGCUCAAAAACAGGCUGUGAUGGCUGGAAGAACAGCCUGAAAUUCAAAAUGGGAAACUACAGGCAGAAGUUACGCCGUGUUGGGUUCCCAGAGGUUGCUGUGAACGGGGGGAGGAGGAGCAAGCAUUGUCCUGACAAUGAGCAUGCUCGGAGCAACAUUAAACGAGCACGCCGGGCAGAGGUGAACUUCCUGCCCAACUUCCCUCAAGGAGAAGAUGAGGCCAGCCUGGAGAAACGGAGACUGGAGAUGGUCCACGAAAUGAUGAAAGAAAACAGAGACCUGCCACUCAUCAAUCAACACAUGCAGAAGACAUUUGCUCUCCGACGCCAAGAAAUAGUUCAAUCCAGUCCCACGGUAGAGCAUCUCAGAACACGCUGACCAGCACUCUUCCUUCAAGCUCAGGUACAUGCUGAGUUUCAGAGAAUCACCAACCAGAGCCUGCAGCAGACGUUCUACUCUGCCUUGGGCCACCACACGCCCCGCCUGCUGACCCUGUUCAGGGAGAAGGAGGGGAAGUCCACCACCCAUGGAGGAAAUUCUCAAGCAUCCUGAGAGUGUACAACGAGCAGUUCACUUCACAGGGAGAAAAUAACAUCACCGUGGCCCGUUCUGCAGUCCUGGCUGGUCUCCCUUUGUUGUUACGAGAGGACAGUUCUGAUGUCUUCAACAUCUGAGAGGUUUUACAGCCUGUACCAUUAUCAACGCAUUCUUUCCUAUUGUGUUUUUUAAACUUAGUUUUUUCCUCUGUCAUUACGGUGGGAGAACUCAGCAACCCUGGUAUUCUGGAGGGAGUUUCUAUUCUCUCAGUGGUGGGCCAGCACAAUGAGGUGGUGGGUGGUAUACCCAUCAGACCGGCCCAUGUAUCCAUUGUCCUUGAGGAUAAAAUCGUCAUGACUAACUCCCGCUCCUGGCCAGACGCUCUCGUGGUUGUUUUUGGGCUACUCUACUCCCUCCAUCUGAACUACCCCAAAGCCCUGGGCAGACGCUCUCGUGGUUGUUUUUGGGCUACUCUACUCCCUCCAUCUGAACUACCCCAAAGCCCUGGGCAGACGCGCAGACGCUCUCGUGGUUGUUUUUGGGCUACUCUACUCCCUCCAUCUGAACUACCCCAAAGCCCUGGGCAGACGCUCUCGUGGUUGUUUUUGGGCUACUCUACUCCCUCCAUCUGAACUACCCCAAAGCCCUGGCCAGCACCUCUGAGUUCAUGCAGAAAGUCUUCCUGAACCUCGACGAUGGAAAACAGAAGCCCAAGCUGCUUGCGCUGAAAAAUGAACUGUUGGCCUAAUUCUGUAGUGAUGAGAUGGAAUUUUACUUUGAGUGACCUAUAAGCCGAGUGAGUGGUUUGAAAACAAUGGUUAUUUUUAUUUACUUUACUUUUAUAUUUUUGUACCUUUUUUGUGAAGGUAAUGGAUUUGAUAUUGUAUUUCAAUUAACUUAUAACCCUUUUAUGUGAAAAGAAGUCACAGGUCAGUCAACACAUUAACUUGCCACAUACAGUCGAUCUGCGACCCAGUUCUCUACCUUUGUUAUACAGCUGCAGAAAACCCACAACUGUAUUCUAGAAGAUUUCACUUUUGCAGACAAUCCAACUGUCAAAAAAUACAUGCUGAUAAAAUGUUUAUUAAAUGUUUAUUUACCUGCUAUUGUCUAUCUUCUCUGGCAGUGUUGCGUGAUCCUGGCCUUCUAUCUGAAUUCUAAAUGCUCACCAAGACACAGGACUAUGUCUUAACUGUUGUAACACACUGAAUAUACGCUGAGUGUACAUUCUCGUGUUACACCCCCUUUUGCACUCAGGCCUCAAUUUGUCGGGGCAUGGACUCCACAAGAUGUCAAAGCGUUUCACAGGGAUGCUGGCCCAUGUUGACUCAAAUGUGUCCCACAGUUGGCACGAUGUCAAUUAGGUGGUGGACUAUUCUUGAUACACACAGGAAACUGUUGAGUGGGAAAAACCCACCAGUGUUGCAGUGCUUCUUUAACCUGUCUCCUCCCCUUCAUCUACGCUGAUUGAAGUGGAUUUAACAAGUGACAAUAAGGGAUCAUAGCUUUCACCUGGUCAGUCUGCUAUGGAAAGAUCAGGUGUUACUAAUGUUUUGUACACUCGCAUCCUAUAGUUUAAAACAUAUUUUUUUAAUUACACUGUUGGGAGCCAAAAACACAAGCAUUUCACUGCACCUUUGAUACCAUAUUCAAAUCUGUGGAUGCAACCAAUAAACUUGAUUUUGAUUUGUAGUAAUGCAAACAGUGGAGAGCCAGGGCUGUGAUGGCGGUCAAGUAGGAGGGCACACCUCAUCACCAGAGACGCUGUAACUGGUCUCAAUGUAGGAGAAGUAGAGCUCCAUCUGCCACUGAGCCCUGGGAGGAGAAUACACACAAUACACUCAAUAUAGCCUUCACAUAGCAUACAUACAGACUUCAUAUAGCCUUCAUAGACCAUACAUACAGACUUCAUAUCACCUUCAUAGACCAUACAUACAGACUUCAUAUAGCCUUCAUAGACCAUACAUACAGACUUCAUAUAGCCUUCAUAGAGCAUACAAACAGACUUCAUAGAGCAUACAUACAGACUUCAUAGACCAUACAUAAAGACUUCAUAUAGGCUCUAUUAUGAUGUAACACUAUAGCCUUCACAUAGCAUAAUGAUGUAACACAGAUAAUACCCUUCAUACAACCGUCAAAAUCACACUGAUCACAGUAAAGCAACUUUGGCAUUAUGUACAUCAGUCCAGGGUUACAAACAGAACAUUUGAAAAGGUCCGACCGAGCAUGUUUGUUCUUAACACUCAAUGGAGAGUGAGGCAGCAGGGGGGACACAGAUUCUUACCUUGUUGCACAGCUCCAUGUCAACUCGAUGUGCACUGGUAUCUGUGAGGCGGUUUCUCUGUCAAGACAGCUCACUGGUUUGUCUGUGUCGUUGGUCUGUCUGCCUGUCGCUGGUAUAUGUGUCUGUCGCGGGUAUGUGUGUCUGUCUGCCUGUCGCUGGUAUGUGUGUCUGUCACUGGUCUGUCUGCCUGUUGCUGGUAUGUGUGUCUGUCUGCCUGUCGCUGGUAUGUGUGUCUGUCACUGGUCUGUCUGCCUGUUGCUAGUAUGUGUGUCUGUCUGCCUGUCGCUGGUCUGUGUGUCUGUUGUUGGUCUGUCUGCCUGUCGCUGUUAUGUGUGUCUGUCGCUGGAAUGUGUGUCUGUCGCUGGAAUGUGUGUCUGUCGCUGAUCUGUCUGCCUGUCGCUGGUAUGUGUGCCUGUCGCUGGUCUCUGCCUGUCGCUGAUAUGUGUGUCUGUCACUGAUCUGUCUGCCUGUACUGGUCUGUCUGCCUGUCGCUGGUAUGUGUGCCUGUCGCUGGUCUGUCUGCCUGUCGCUGGUAUAUGUGUCUGUCGCUGGUCUGUCUGCCUGUUGCUGGUAUGUCUGCCUGUCGCGGGUAUAUGUGUCUGUCGCUGGUCUGUCUGUCUGCCUGUCGCUGGUAUGUCUGCCUGUCGCUGGUAUGUCUGCCUGUCGCUGGUAUGUGUGCCUGUCGCUGCUCUGUGUGUCUGUCGCUGGUCUGUCUGCCUGUCGCUGGUCUGUCUGCCUGUCGCGGGUAUAUGUGUCUGUCGCUGGUCUGUCUGUCUGCCUGUCGCUGGUAUGUCUGCCUGUUGCUGGUAUGUGUGCCUGUCGCUGGUCUGUCUGCCUGUCGCUGGUCUGUCUGCCUGUCACUGGUAUGUGUGUCUCUCGCUGGUCUCUCUGCCUGUCGCUGGUCUCUCUGCCUGUCACUGGUAUGUGUGUCUCUCGCUGGUCUCUCUGCCUGUCGCUGGUCUCUCUGCCUGUCGCUGGUCUCUCUGCCUGUCACUGGUAUGUGUGUCUCUCGCUGGUCUCUCUGCCUGUCGCUGGUCUCUCUGCCUGUCGCUGGUCUCUCUGCCUGUCGCUGGUCUCUCUGCCUGUCGCUGGUCUGUCUGCCUGUCGCUGCUCUGUGUGUCUGUCGCUGGUCUGUCUGCCUGUCGCUGGUCUGUCUGCCUGUCGCGGGUAUAUGUGUCUGUCGCUGGUCUGUCUGUCUGCCUGUCGCUGGUAUGUCUGCCUGUUGCUGGUAUGUGUGCCUGUCGCUGGUCUGUCUGCCUGUCACUGGUAUGUGUGUCUCUCGCUGGUCUCUCUGCCUGUCGCUGGUCUCUCUGCCUGUCACUGGUAUGUGUGUCUCUCGCUGGUCUCUCUGCCUGUCGCUGGUCUCUCUGCCUGUCGCUGGUCUGUCUGCCUGUCACUGGUAUGUGUGUCUCUCGCUGGUCUCUCUGCCUGUCGCUGAUGUGUGUCUGUCACUGAUCUGUCUGCCUGUCGCUGAUCUGUCUGCCUGUCGCUGGUAUGUUUGCCUGUCGCUGGUAUGUAUGCCUAUCACUGGAAUGUCUGCCUGUCGCUGGUCUGUCUGCCUGUCGCUGGUAUGUCUGCCUGUCGCUGGUAUGUCUGCCUGUCGCUGGUAUGUGUGCCUGUCGCUGGUAUGUCUGCCUGUCGCUGGUAUGUCUGCCUGUCGCUGGUAUGUCUGCCUGUCGCUGGUAUGUCUGCCUGUCGCUGGUAUGUCUGCCUGUCGCUGGUAUGUCUGCCUGUCGCUGGUCUGUUUGCCUGUCGCUGGUAUGUCUGCCUGUCGCUGGUCUGUUUGCCUGUCGCUGGUAUGUGUGCCUGUCGCUGGUAUGUCUGCCUGUCGCUGGUAUGUCUGCCUGUCGCUGGUCUGUUUGCCUGUCGCUGGUAUGUCUGCCUGUCGCUGGUCUGUUUGCCUGUCGCUGGUAUGUCUGCCUGUCGCUGGUCUGUUUGCCUGUCGCUGGUAUGUCUGCCUGUCGCUGGUAUGUCUGCCUGUCGCUGGUCUGUUUGCCUGUCGCUGGUAUGUGUGUCUGUCGCUGGUCUGGGAGGUAGUGUUGGUCGCCUUCCGGGUUCUCUCAGACACAGGGCUCUGUGUGUGUGUGUGUUUUUAUGUGUGCGCACGUGCAAGUGCGUCUGUGUUCUUAAUUACAUGGAGCACCAUGUCAGCAUAUUUCUCAGCUUGUGUGAGUUAAUGAGUGAGGGUUUAUAUGUGUGUUUUCCUACGACUAAGGGAGUAGUUAUUAGAUUACAGUGUCAUGCAGCCUGAGCCCUCCCUCUUUGACUGACACUGAGAAUACUUCACCAGAUUGGCAAAAACAAGAAACAUUGAAACGCCUGUGACUCCAAUUAGUAUAUAAUCCAGGCAGCCUGUCAGUCAGUCCAUGGCUCUGUGAUCACAUAAGUAGUUCACUUACCGGUAGAACAGACAGCACCAUUGACAGAACGUCUUGCCUGAUUGAAGGCCGAGGGAAGCCUGGUACAGAAAUAACAAUUUUCUUAGAUAUUACGUGAUAAAAUGGUAAUUACACUGUAACAAUUUGUUUGGCAGAACUUGUGUGUGUUACCCAAGCUGCAAUGAUGGACAGGCCAUGACAUCUAUUUACUCUAUGCAACCUAUUUCUAUGUCUUUGACGUCAUCCUUCUCACUCCCACUGGUGAAGGAUGGCUCUAAGAAUAUCUCCCUGAUGUGAUGUCAUCAGCAUGGAAUGUCAGGAUCGUCCUGUAGAUGCUACAAUACAGAAUGCUGCCGACAUACUUAUCUAAGGUGACUUUAAACGCCACACAACCAACUUACCAUGGAAUAUCUCAGCUCAACAUGAGGGCAGGAGAAGGCUAAUAGCACUUGUGACACUAAUAUACCUCUGUUUACUUCUUUACUACUAAUGAACUCUUGUUGAAUGCAUGUUAUUCCUAUGGUUAAUGCAGAGUACAGUAGCUGUUCUGAAUGGUAACAUGGCUGACUAUACAGCACUAUAAACAGACUAUAAGGCAAAGACCCACACUGUCAGUUCCUAUCUGUAAAUAGAGAUCAAAGUAAAACAGUUUUAUGUGAACAGUCAGACCGUAGCAUGUUAACAGUUCGGUCCAGCUGCAUAUGCAAUUACCAUGUAAAUACUGGAUGGUUUUAACUUCACUUGGUAUAAAGAGGGUUCGUAAGUCACACCAUCACAUGUACUGUAUGAAGAGGAUGAAGUUGCCUCUUUGUGGUUGAAACAUAUAUUAAUACAAAGUAUAGGAGCAUGUAGUCUUAACAGCACAGAGGCAUUUGUCACAUUUAGCCUACAAAAACAUUCAGCCCUAAGCUUCUAACUGCAUCGAUAAAUCAUAUGCUUCCAGCUCCUCCUAUCAGUUUCCUUCUUUCUUUCAGUGUGGUCUGGGAUGUUGGCUGUACAGGGAUGGUGCUCACUGGUGCUACACAACUUUCAUGUCUCACACUCAUCCCAUACAUAUGUAUACUAUUAGCUACACUCGCCCAGAGAGAGGGAGGAAAGGGAAGGAGAGAGGGUGGGGGAGAGGAGAGGGGGAGAGUGUAGGAGAGAUGAGAAGGAGAGAGGGAGGGAUAGAAGAGAGGAGAGAGGGGAGAUGGGAGAGGGAAGGAAAGAUGAGAGGGGAGAUGGGAGAGGGAAGGAAAGAUGAGAGGAGAGUGGAAGAGAGAGGGAGAAAGGGAAAGGUGGGGUGAGAGGGAAGGAGAGAGGAGAGGAAGAGGGCAGGAGGAGAGAGGGAGGGAGGGAGGAAGAGGGCAGGAGGAGAGAGGGAGGGAGGGAGGAAGAGGGCAGGAGGAGAGAGGGAGGGAGGAAGGGAGAGUGAAGGAGAGAUGAGAGAUGAGAGGAGAAGUGAGAAAGGGAAAGGUGGGGUGAGAGGGAAGGAGAGAGAGGAAGAGGGCAGGAGGAGAGAGGGAGGGAGAGUGAAGGAGAGAGAUGGAGGGAGGGAGUGAGACAGUUGGGUGAGGGAGAAGAGAGGAAUUUGAUAUAAAGUUUGAACACACCUAGUCAUUCAUUUAGCACUUUUUUGGUUACUACAUGUUUCCAUAUGUGUUAUUUCAUAGUGUUGAUGUCUUCAUUAUUAUUCUACAAUGUAGAAAAUAGUAAAAAUAAAGAAAAACCCUUGAAUGAUUAGGCAAGUCCAAACUUUUGACUGGUACUGUAUGUUCUAUGUGUGUUUUAUAUAAACACCAAGACAGAGAUGCACGUGUUUGUGUAGAGA